UGCAACAUCAGUCGAGUGCAAUCAGUCAACUUGUUGAUUUUUGAUUGCGUGAUCAUUUUUGUACAUCUGUGCCUGAAGAGGAUAUCCAACUAAAUUGUAAAUUGAUACCCACUUAUCGAGGAGUUGCUGAAACUAAGCACAAUUAAUUGAUAUCUCACCACUCUGAGAUAAGUCUGAUUAUCAGUGUAGUGUUGUUGUUAACUCGGCUUCAAAAUCACUCCAAAAAUUUUUACCCGUUGUCUUAGACAUUUCUCUACCAUCUCUCUAGCGAAAAUGAGUGCUCCAAAAAGAUUGAGUCCAAACGACCCAAAUUCAUUUUCUAAUCCAGAAAAUGUACGGGUUGACCAUAUGCAUAUGAAAUGGAAUGUUGACUUUGCAAAGAAAAUAAUCGGUGGGCAGGUUACUUAUCGUCUAUUGCCUGUUACUCAGCCGGUGCAACAAAUUGUUUUCGACACUCGGCAACUAACGGUCAACAGUGUGAAAAGCAGUGAUGGCAAAGCCUUGCUAUUCAAAUUGGGUGACCCAGUUUUGAAUUUUGGCCAACCUUUGUCCAUUGAUGUUGGAUCCUUGUUCAACUCGGGAUCGAGUUCGGUUGAAAUCCAAGUGGACUAUGAGACGAGUCCAGAGUGCAGUGCUUUGCAAUGGCUGGACGCAGAACAAACUGCAGGGAAAGCGCACCCUUAUGUUUUCAGCCAGUGCGAGAUGAUCCAUGCCCGGUCCUUGUUGCCUUGUGUCGAUACUCCAUUUUCGAAAUGCACGUAUACGGCAGAGGUGACAGUGCCAAAAGCGCUGCAAGCACUGAUGAGUGCUGAGGUUUCAAAAGACAUUGUCGAAGUUUCUGACAAGAAAACCAACAAGUUUGAACAGAAAGUCCCAAUUCCAGCUUACCUUAUUGCGAUUGCUGUGGGACACAUCAAAAGCAAGAAGAUUGGCCCUCGUACUACGGUCUGGUCUGAACCAGAAUUUGUUGAUGCCUCAGCUUACGAGUUUGCUGAAACGGAGGAAAUGCUCAAUGCUGCAGAGCAACUCAUGGGAAAGUACGUUUGGGGAGUUUACGAUAUCUUGGUUCUCCCACCGUCAUUUCCAAUGGGAGGCAUGGAGAAUCCCAAUGUUACUUUUGCGACACCAACACUUCUCGCUGGAGAUCGAAGUUUAGCCAAUGUCAUUGCACAUGAGAUUAGUCAUUCAUGGACUGGGAAUCUUGUAACAAACAUAAAUUUUGAACAUUUUUGGUUAAAUGAGGGCUUUACUGUGUAUGCCGAAAGGAAAAUCAUGAGCAUAUUGAAAGGGGAGAAAUUCAGGCAAUUCGAGUGCAUCGGAGGAUGGAAAAGUUUGACGGAUUGUAUCAACACAAUGAAAUCCGACAACCCGAUGACAAAACUUGUGACGGAUUUAACUGGUUUAGAUCCUGAUGAAUUUUUCUCUGUUGUGCCCUAUGAGAAAGGAUCAGUGUUUCUCUACUAUCUGGAGGAAAAAGUCGGAGGACCAGCUGUCUUUGAGCCAUUCUUCAAGCAUUACAUUCAGGAGAAUCAGUUCAAAUCCAUCGACACUGAUGUAUUCAAAAAAAUGUUUAUUGACUAUUUCACUAACAACCUCCGAAUAUCUGAGUUGAUCAAGGAUAUUGACUGGGAUACGUGGCUUUACACUACAGGCAUGCCACCUGUAAAACCAAGUUUUGACACGAGCCUAGCGGAUGUGUGUAUUGAGCUAAAAAAUCGAUGGAUGGAGUGGGACGCCGUAGAACCGUGUCCUUUCUCAAAGGGGGACUUGAGAAAAUUCUUUUCUCAACAAAUCACUGAAUUCCUGGCCGAACUCUUGGAGGAAGAGGUCAGCCUUUCAAAGGUCCAGGCCAUGCAAACCGUGUAUGAUUUCAAUAGCUACAAGAACUGCGAAAUACGAUUCAGGUGGCUGCGACUGUGUUUGAAAGCCAAGUGGGAGGCUCAAGUGCCUCUGGUCCUCCAGUUCGUGACAGAACAAGGACGAAUGAAAUACGUUCGACCGUUGUACAGGGAAAUGUACAAUUGGGAGGAGAUUCGACCACGAGCGAUUGAUCAUUUCAAGAAAACCAGGUCAAGCAUGAUGAGCAUGUCCGCCACCAUUAUUGCCAAAGAUUUACAUUUGUAACUUGUGCGAAUCAACGACAACUCAUGCAACUUGUGAACAACCAUUAAUAUUGCUUACCUACGAUCCAACUUUAUUCCAACUUAUGUUUUAGAUUUAUUUACUGUAAAGUCAAAGUCUUUGGGAAACAAUAAACACUGGGUCAAAAGGAAAUAAUGAGGAAA